CAUCGAUAUCACAUGUCACAACCCGAGGACGUUUAGUUAGAAGCAGACAAACUCACGAAACAACUUCCAGUGUUUAACUCAGACAUUAAGUGUGAUAUUUCGCGGACUUCGAAUUUCAUUGAACUUGUUUAGUGUUGGGUUUGUUUUAUUUAGUGUUGAUAUCGUUUUGAUUGCAUUAUGGAAGCGAUGCAGAUGCCCCGGCCGGCGCCGCCCUAUCACCAUACUGGAUUUCCACCACCUCACUUCCCGGGCCCCAUGAGCCACGCCAACAUGGGUAACAUACAAAACAGACUGGUCAGUUUGGCAAUGAACAGAUUCCGUGGUCCUAUGAUGCCGGCGAUGAGUCCAUGCCCAAUGUCACACCAAAACAUGCCUCUUAAGCAGUCCAUGCCUUCGCCCAUGCCCAGUCCGGCCCACACCAAACCCAUGCAGGAACCCCCAUUCGCUAUGCAGCCGUUCGUGGGGUUUAUGUUCAGUCAGGAUGACUUGGACAUGGUAUUGUACGGUUACGCCAAGAAUAAGGUUGGAGAGCAGCUACCGGGACACGCCCUGUCCGGGUUGCGGAUCAGUGAGCUCAGCCAUGGCAUAGACCGGAUUCUCUCUAAUGGAACAGUAGUCCCCGCACCCCCGCAAAAACCAGCUGCUGGACCGAUAGACACAAGCACCUUGAAUUUACCAGAAGGUGUUGGUGUUUUCCAGACGACCUUUGCCGGAGCCAUACACUAUGGCAUAUUCUGCCAGAAGACGGUCAUCUCAAAGGGCACCAAGUUUGGACCAUUCCAGGGAAAGGUGGUCAACACGAGUGAGAUAAAGACACAUGAUGAUAACACACAUAUGUGGGAGAUAUUUCAAGAAGGCAAACUAAGUCACUUCAUCGACGGCCGAGGCAGCGGCGGCAACUGGAUGGCCUACGUCAACUGCGCUCGUUACGCCCAGGAGCAGAACCUCAUCGCCCUCCAGGUAGAUGGGGAGAUCUUCUACGAGGCCUGCAAGGACAUUCCCCAGGGCACGGAGUUGCUGGUUUGGUACGGGGACGCCUACUUGCAGUUCAUGGGCAUCCCGGUGGCGCUCAAGGAGAUGGCGGAUGGGAACAUGAAUGAAGAGGUUCCAAACACAGAAGGUUACACAUGCGAGCGAUGCGGCAAGGUAUUCGCCUACCGAUACUACCGAGACAAACAUCUUAAAUACACCCGAUGCGUCGACCAGGGGGACAGGAAGUUCCCGUGCCAUCUUUGCAACAGAUCUUUCGAGAAACGAGACCGAUUACGGAUCCACAUCCUUCACGUCCAUGAGAAACACCGGCCUCACAAAUGUACAGUCUGCGGCAAAAGUUUCAGUCAGUCAUCAAGCCUAAACAAACACAUGAGGGUCCACAGCGGUGAGCGGCCGUAUAAAUGCGUCUACUGCAGUAAAGCAUUUACAGCAUCAAGCAUAUUACGAACGCAUAUCAGACAACAUUCAGGAGAGAAACCAUUCAAGUGCAAACACUGCGGCAAAGCCUUCGCCUCUCACGCCGCCCACGACAGCCACGUGAGACGAACACACACCAAAGACAAGGGAUGUUCUUGUACUAUUUGCGGAAAACUCUUCAGCCAACCUUACGAACUCAAGUUUCAUAUGACCAUGCACACGGGUGAGAAGCUUCUGAACUACAAAAGAACGGGAAGCACGGGGCCAUCUGAUGAGGAGAUGUCUGAUAUGUCUAGUCUGUUUUUGGAUGAGGAGAGUGGAGAACCAAUCGACGUCGUCGGCUCUGAUGAGCUCCUCAUGGUGUAAUAUGUUACGGCGAUGUGUAUUGGUCUGUGGAUGCUGAUGAAAAUUUCCGUGGCGAAAUAAUUAUAACAGCAAUACGGAUUGUCUGGAAGAAAUACUGAGAGAGAACCAAUAAAGGUUGAAACGACCACUGAGCUCUGGAGGACCACUGAUUGAAAACUUGAUGUUGAUAUUUUCAUUCACCUCACGUUUGCAAUUAACGUCUUGAUUAAUCACACAGUCUAGGUUUGUCUAAAUGACGCUGUGAAAUGAGAGAUUGAGACAAAUCCAUGUAAAGCGAUGUGACCUUGAGAUCCAUGGAUAUCACUGGGAUAGAGAUGGCAAAGAAUAAACCUCCAAGCUUCUUCUGAAUCUUUAUUGUAAAUAUUGUAAAUAACGAUGUAAUUUAUUAUGUCUCAGCCACAUUGCCAUAUGAGAGUUUGAACCAUGACACGGAGAAGCUGUGAU